AUGCCGCCGAAGAAGCGCAGCAGCGGGACCCCGCAGAAGAAAGUGCUCAAGGGGAACAUGAAGAGCGGAUCUCCGGACAGCGGCGAGAACGCAGUGCUGAGCUCCGAACGACACAAGGACAAGGAGCCCGAGUUCGUGUCUCUCAGUGAGGAGCUUCAGGCCACCAAUCCCAUCUGUGAUCAUGCGUGGAGAAUUUGGGAGAGGGAGAUCAGGUCGAUGGACAAGGCAAAUAUGCCAUAUUCAAACAGACAGCAGUGGGGAGCUUGUCUGUUCAUUGCAGGCAUGGAGCUUGAUGGCCUCAGCCUCACCUUCACACAGUUCCUGAAAUUAGUUGGACUAAGUGUGAAGCAGUUCAUCAGUCUUGUGAGGAAGAUGGAUGUAAACGUGGACACAAUAAGCCCUAAAGUGAACACCGCUUUGAAACGACUGGAGAACAAAUACGAUGUGACACUGGCUCUCUACCAAAGAUUUGUGAAGACUUGUGAAAAAAUGUCUGCAGAGCCUGACAAAGCAAAGAGAACAGAGCUUUGGGAAAGCAGUUGGACCAUGUUCCUCUUGGCCAAGGGAACAUUUCUGCAGAUGGAGGAUGACCUUGUGAUAGCCUUCCAGUUGCUGCUGUGUGUUCUGGAGUUCUUCGCCAAGCGUUUCACUCCGUCUCUGCUUCAGUCACCCUACAAGUCAGCAGUUAGUUCAUCCACCUUGAGUCCUCCAACUAGGACAUCCCGACGUAAUCAGGGCAAAGCCAAAACCCGUCCUCCAGAGAUGGACGUGCAGUUGCUGGAAACAUUGUGCAAGGAGAGCGACUGCAGUGUGGAUGAGGUGAAAAACGUGUACCAGACGACUUUUUGUGCGUUCCUGGACUCUGUGGGUCUGUCAGGACUCCAAGGACUUCCUCCUCUGGAAACACUUUCCAAGCAAUAUGAAGAGCUGUACCACAAAAACAAGGACUUUGAUGCCAGGUUGUUCUUGGUUGAUGAUGAGAUGCUUUCCCCCAACAAAACAGAAGUGUCAAAGGUGGAAAUGACUCCAAGAAAGAAUCUGUCUGGAGAUGAUGUUGCAAUUCCAGUUCCACAGACCCCUAUCAGGGCUGCAAUGAACUCUAUACAGCAGCUCAGGGUUGAUCUCACCUCAGUCAGUGACCAGCCCUCUAGCAAUCUUGUAGUCUAUUACAAGAACUGCACUGUUGACCCAUCCGAAGAGAUCAGAAAGAGGGUUGAAGAGCUGGGUCAGGUCUUCAUCAAGAGGUUUGCUCAGGCUGUGGGCCAACACUGUGAGGGGCUGGGCAGAAAGCGGUUUAAUCUUGGUGCCCAGCUCUACUACAAAGUCAUGGAGUCCAUGCUUAAAUCGGAGGAGAAGAGAUUAUCUGUACAAAACUUCAGUAAACUUCUCAACAAUGCAGCAUUCCAUACCUCAUUGCUUGCAUGUGCCCUGGAAGUUGUAAUGGCAACCUAUGUUGGGAACUCCUUAAAGAGUGGAGGUUUUGGCCGCAGCUUAGGGGCCAGCGAUUCUGUGGAAACUGAUCUGUGCUUCCCCUGGAUCUUGGACGUCUUCCAGCUGCCUGCUUUCGACUUCUACAAGGUGAUAGAGAGCUUCAUUAAAGCUGAGCCCACCCUGAAACACGACAUGAUGAAGCACCUGGAGCAGUGCGAACACGUUAUCAUGGAGAGUCUCGCUUGGAAAGCGGACUCUCCGCUCUUUGACCUCCUCAAACAGUCUCGUGAGGAAGGACCUGGUGAACAAGCAGAGCCCCCUGCAACACUAAACCAACCCCUACAUCACAACCACACUGCUGCUGACCUGUAUCUGUCUCCUGUGCGUCAACCCCCAGCAACAGAGUCCGAGCCCCUCGCACCAGGCACCAAAGCACUCCGUUCAAACUCUCUGAGCCUCUUCUACAAAAAAUUGUACAGGAUGGCCUACCUGCGACUGAAAACACUGUUCUCACACCUGCUGACCUCACACCCAGAACUGGAGCCAAUAAUAUGGACCUUGCUUCAGCACACCCUCCAGAACGAGUACGAAUUAAUGCGAGACAGACACUUGGACCAGUUGAUUAUGUCGGCUAUGUAUGCCAUAUGCAAGGUGAAGAACGUGGACUUGCGCUUCAAAACGAUUGUGACCACUUACAAAGAGAUGCCUAAUACUAAUCAAGAGACAUUUAAGCGUGUGCUUAUCAGAGAGGGGCAGUACGACUCCAUCAUUGUCUUCUACAACCUGGUCUUCAUGCAAAAGCUGAAGACUAACAUUCUUCAGUAUUCCUCUCCUCGGCCUCCUCCUCUGUCUCCCAUUCCCCGCAUCCCCUGCAGCCCCUAUAAAAACUCUCCUCUGCGGGUGCCUGGCAGCAAUAACGUCUACGUCUCCCCUUUGAAAAGCAGCCGUAUGUCCCCAGUGGUAAUGACCCCACGGAGCAGAAUUCUUAUAUCUAUUGGCGAGUCCUUUGGGUCUGCAGACAAAUUUCAGAAGAUUAAUGAGAUGGUGAGCAGCACCGAUUGGUCCCUCAAGAGGAGACUGGAUGGAGGCUCCGCCCCCAAGCCCCUGAAGAGGUUACGCUUUGACAUGGAUGGACAAGAUGAAACUGAUGGAAGCAAAUCGAGUGGCGAGUCAACACUGAUCCAGAAGCUGGCUGAGAUGAGCUCCACACGCACUCGUAUGCAGGAACAGAAACUGAAGGAGGAGUCCGUUAAAGAGCAUCCAGAGCCCUAAAUAAAUCCACUUUGUACUGCCUGAGGAAAACCACUCAACCAUUGAAAGGGAAACGCUGACAUGCUUGAGUGUUAUAUGUUGCUACAUUUUGGACUCCUCCACCUGUUUUAAUAUUUAAGUGGUGAAAUGGCACAGGUGCUUUUCCUGUGCUAUUUCAUUUUAGUUUGUUUUAAGUGUGUGAGGUUCCAUGAAGGAGGUUUUAUUCUUUUAGUAGUUUGUUGAGGAAAUAACGUGACUCAUACCUCUUAAGUGGACAGUUCACCCAAAAAUGAAGAGUCUUUCAUUUACUCACCCUCAAGUUGUUCCAAACCUGU